UGUUUUCUCGCUCGCGGCAACAGCCGCGAUCUGUCGUGGGAUUCAAAUGCGUGUCAGUAAUAAUAAUCGCGUGAAACGUAAUGCGCGAGUGGGUGUGUGCGGCCGAUUAAGUUCACUGUCACGUAUGCAGUCCCGCAAACGACGAAAAUCUCACAACGGCAAUAUAUGCUGCUGUACCAGUGAAGAUGUUUCAAAGUUAAUGAAUUUUGCUAUAAAUGAUGUGAUUUGACGAUAUUUUUAUCUUUUGCUAAACUUAUCUCAAGAUGCAUUUUUCUAUACCUGAUACUCAGGAAUUUACUGAUGGAGCUGGGAAUGCAUAUAUUGGUUACAAUAUUCAUAUCAAUGGAUUAUUUCACUGUACGGUGAGAUAUAAACAACUGUAUAAUUUGCACGUACAACUCUCUAAGAACCUUGACAUAUCGUUACCUAUAUUUCCUCCAAAGAAGUUUUUUCCUUUGACUCCUAAUCAGCAAGAGGAGCGACGUCUAGCUUUGGAAAAAUAUAUUCAGUCAAUUGGUCAAAAUGUAGCUAUAAACAAUUCUGAGAUAUUAAAUGGAUUUUUAUUAAAUGCUCAACAAGAAACUGUUGGUGACUUGUCUGAGACUGAGAUUUUAGAUAUAUUUCUCAUGAAUGGAUCAAAAAUCUCAUUAAAUGUUCCCACAGGAGAGUAUUCUGGUGAAAUUUUAAAGAAAGUAUAUGAACAUAUAAAGUUAGUAGAAAAAUAUCAUUCCCAUUUUGCCCUAUUUAUUAUUAUACAAGAUGAAUUGUCGGGUAAUAUUAAAAUAUUGCGGAAAUUACAAGAUUUUGAGUCACCUUUUAUAACAUACAAAUAUAUGAGUUCUAUGGGUACAAAAAUUGUUCUCAGAAAAAGUUAUUGGGAUACAACAUACGAUCUUGAGUUAUUGAAUGAUCCAGUGACUCUGAAUUUAUUAUAUAUCCAAACAGCUGCAGAAAUUCGCAGCGGGUGGAUAUUGAUUAACAAGGACGUGCAGUAUCAUUUAGAGAACAUGCAAAAAUCCGGGAACAGAAAAGAAUACUUGAAUGUAGCUCGUUAUUUAAAAUAUUAUGGCUACAUACAAUUUGCACCAUGCUAUUGUGAUUAUCCUCAACAUGGUUCAAGAAUAUUACUUGCUAUAGGUGGAAAUGAAUUGAAUUUACGCAUUUUAUCGUCCAAAGAACACGAAUUUAUAUUUAAAGUUUCGCGAAUGCGAUGUUGGCGUAUUACUACUAUACAAAAUGGAAUGGACCUUCCUGAGGAUAAUAACGAGUGCAGUCUGGAAUUAUCUUUUGAAUAUCUAAUUGCUAGGAAUGAAUUGCAAUGGAUUACGAUUAUUUCGGAUCAAGCGAUUUUAAUGUCUGUUUGUCUUCAAGCCAUGAUUGAUGAGUUGUUACAAAAAUGUGUAGUGGGCAACAGAAUUCAGGUAGAAUCUGGAAAAUCUUGGACAUAUAUUACAAGGGAUGGCCAGAGUCGUAUUACCAUGGGAUCGCCAUUGCGAGAAUGUGCCAAUAAUAAUCAUUCGCCUAAAUCGGGACCAAUUAUAAAAAAACUCGCUAGUAAAUGGUCGGCUGUGACAUCAAAAAAAUCGAAUGAGUCAGUUGUUGUCGAUAAGACCCAUGCAACAUGCACAACAGCUAAUGACUUUGAUAUUGUGGAAAAUAAUGUUUUUCGUAUGAUAGGAGAUGAUGAUUUAUAAGCUUAAUUAUUUUUUAAUGAAGAUUGAGACGUAAGCGCAAUAUAAAAAAUAACAGAGUAUGCCUUAUCUAAACAACUUUUUCAGAGAUAUAUUUUGUGAUACCUACAAAUCAGUGCAACAGUUUCCAAUUUAAAGUUAACAUUUAGUGAUUCUCAAGGCUGAUUAAUUGUUGAAUUAUGCAUAUUUGGUGUCUUCUGUAUCAAUAUGUGAUUGAAAAAUGCAUUUAUAUUUAUUGAUAACUUUACAUAAAAUAUGCAUACUUUUUUAUAUACCGUCCAAUUACAAUAAUAAUCAAUCUGAUGCAAGUUGAAAAUUAACUUGAGCCAAAACUAUGCUUGAAUUACAAGCAUAAUAUUCUGUAUGAAGUACUUAAUGAUAGAACUAAUAUAUAAUAUUAGAAUUAAUAUACAU